UGAGGGCGGCGCUGCGAUGAUGCCCUUUCAUCUGGCUGAGCUGCUGGAGUCCGUCCCUGUGGGGCAGCGAGGGAGUCCAGGGCCCUUUGCGAAGCUUCGAGUGAUUCCUGCCAUCAAGCUGUACGGCAUCGAGUCGACCGAUGCCUGUAGAGACGGCCUCCAGGAUUUACAGGCAAGAUCGGAAGAUUGGGCACAGAAAGCAGGCGAGAAAGGCAUUGACAUGUUCUCGUCUCGAUUGUGCUCUGGUUCUCUGGUUUCAGAAGUGUUUGGUGCAUAGAGGCUGUUCGAAGGCGUUCGACUCCCUGCGCAUAGAGGUGCAUCGCAGCGACUGCCUUGGCCUGCUACUCAGCAACUUCGCGACAUUCAAGGCCCUCGCCUCGCUCAUCGACACGACCUGCUCGCCAUCAGCCAAGGUCGACUGCUGCAUCAUCUCCCCUGCCGGCGUGUGGCGAGACAUCUCCCUCUCCCUCCUGCUGGCCUACACCCGGUUCGACUUCACCAAGCUGCCCACGUGCAGCCUCCCACUCGUCAAUGCGCUCUUGACUGCGUACAACGUGCGCCUCGACAGCUCACACAGCCACAUCGACUGCCCAAAAUUCGGGACCAGUGGCCCAGGACUGAGAGGCGCAUGCCACUACGUCUGGAGGGUCACGCAAGACCAGCUGGAUGGAGCAACCAGCGACAUCGGCAGGGAGAGGAUGAAUGAGCUCGUCUUCGAGUCCGGUUGGUACCGGGAUGAGGGCUGCAGCAUAUCCAUAGAGUGUGCGGAGGGUUUCGCCCCUGCCGCUGAUGCCGUGCCACCUGAGCCUCCCGAGCUCAAAGCCCUCAACAGGACAAGAGUGGAGCGGGUGAAGACUCUGAUCGUCAACCAUCGCAUCGGGCUGGGGUUGGCCAAGGCGAUCCUGAGCAAGGGCCCGCAUCUCACCGAGCUGCAGCUGACCGACAUGGCGCCGACGGACGUGCCAGACCUGCUCUCACUCAGGGUGCCGAAGCAGCUCCUGCUCCACUCUUUGUGGGCAGAGGGUGAUCGGCCGCUGGGUGUCGUGCCCUUUGACGUGCGAUUCCAGCAGCUCAGGGGACUGACGGCCGGGGGUGGCGUCGCCCUGCAGCUUGCGGCCGCCCUGAGGCGCCACGUCCCAUCGCUGGAUGUGCUCGCCGUGGCCGGCAGCGAGAUAGACGCGCUCCAGGUGCUCGUGGUAGGGGGCGUAGGGGCCGUCGCCCAGCUGUCUUUGGGAUUCGUGCAUGAGGGCCGCCACGAGUUCAUCAGGGCUGCCGACGAGAGGGAGGGCAUCACGCUCGGCGAUCACAGGGACCAACUGCCCCACAUCGACAGCCUUGUCAUGUACCUAGACGGUAAGUGGCGAAGAGAUGGGGAUACAUUCACUCGCUGUAUCUUUGUAUGAUGUCUCAUGGUUUUCAGUGCCUUCUGCUGAUGUUGCCGACCCGGGCGCCUUCAUUCUGUCGAGCGUCUGGUCGGUCCUCGAGAUCGAGUCCAUCUCACGGCUGAAAGUCGUCCUGCCCCAGCACUCCCAUGUGGAUGAGCUCAAGGCAGCAAUUGUCCGGCGAUUUGGGCCUGGGCGGAUGGUGCACGGGCAGGUCCAUCGAGAGUAUGGGUACCUGGGUCUUUACCUCACAGCCAAUGACAUCGCAACUGUAAGGCCGGGGAGAGAAAUGAGCUUAGAAUUACACGGCGAAUGCACCGCCUGUGUCGCUUUCCAAUCUGUCCAUUAGAUGCGCAGAGCGGCGUUUGCCCACUCGUCGACGGCCGACCGGCUCGAGGCACUGAUGCGCAUAGAACGCCCGCAUCAGAGGCUCGCGAUGAUCACCAAUCUGGCGGACACCGUGAAGCGGCUGUCGCAUUGCCUGCCCUCCCUCCCCCCCGAUGUCUCAGCCGAGGCACUCGCCAGUGACUUCGCCGGCCGCGUGCGUGCUGCUGCGCCCAUGACUGUGGUCGACCCCCCGUAUGCGCCUCGGCGGCUGAAGGCGCCACUCAUGGCGGCGAUGGAGAGACACGGCCUGGCGAUGGAGCCCAUGAUGCGGCUGCAUGACGAGCAUGGCGAUGGGUCGUGCAUCCCCAGUCCCUCUGUGAUCGCAUCCGCCGCUCAGCUGAUGGCCGUACUGCAGAAGACGGACAAACAAAUCACAGCCAUCGAACUGCUCUACAAGUAAGAGAAAAUGAAUGCGAAGAAAACAGUAUAGACUGAGUUGUCUCGAUGUCUCCUUAUGUGGUUGCAGAGCGACUGAGCACGGCUUUGCAUACACCGACAUGCUUAGCCGUGUGGGCCGUGCGAGCCCCCUGCUGUUCCUUGCUCGCGCAAAUGGAGACAUGCACGGCUUUUUCAUCGACACCAGCCUGCAGCCGGCCACAGCACUGCACAUGGAGACCCCCAACGGCCCGCGGGCCUUAAAUCAUUAUGAGGCGGCCUGUCUCAUCUUCAAGGCAUCCACAGCCGCUCCGCCGACCUUCCAGUCGCCUCAGUGACGCUCCAGUGCGUCUCGGUCUCGCGAGCACACAACCAGCCGUGUGGAGUCCGAGCUAAGGUGAGGCUGGGCCCCUUGGUCGGCCGUGAGUGGCUGGGGCUGUGGGCGCCUGCUCCUCUGGAAUGGGUGCAGAGUGCGGCUGAUGGGCGGUGCUGGGUGCGUGUGGGAUGGUAGCAAACAGUGGUGAUGGGAUAUGAGACGCACAAGCUCGUUGCUGACGAGAUAGAGGUGUUCAGACUCAUGCAGUGAGUGAGUUGGG